AGGGCAUUCCGCAAGGCGCUACGGUCGCAGGCGGGAGUGCGUUGGCGAGCGGUGCGUGGCGUUGCGUGACGUGGAGCUGUCGUUGCACGCGGUGUCCUACACCGCCGAGUGUGUGUGUGCGUGCGCGUGUGAGGAGAGCGGCGUAGGAGACGGUAGCCGCGGUCGUGGCGGUGUCGUGCGUGCAGCCAGGCUCAGGCCCAGGCCCAGGCCGCCUGGCGAGCGCCGGAGUAUCGAGCGGGCGCGCCUUGCGUCAGCCGCCCGCGAUGCCCGUCACGUGCGCUGCACCGCCGCAGCAGCAGCAGCAGCAACCAGCCCCAGUACAACGUCCUCCAGGAAUUAUUAACACAUUGUUCAAAAACAUGCGAAUAAAGCUUCACAAAUUAGUUAGAGCUUUUGCAUACCACCAGUUGGAAACCACUCCAUCUGUGGAAGCGAGUUUGCAGAAAGUGCAGAGGUUGCGACAAGAGAUCCAUCUUCUCACUGAAGAAUGCAAGAAGAUGACCAUGGAAGUGGACAUGAGCUCUGACUCCAGACUUCCCUUAGGGGAAACAGAUGAAGAGUUCUACCAGAACAUUUACACUGGUCAGCAAGGCAGCGUAGCAGCACAUUCACAAAGAGUUCCCCCUCGGCAUCGAAAGUUGGCUAAAGACAAUGGUGAUGUUGCAGCAAGUGAACUUCCACAUCAGAGCCCCCGCCAGCCACCCCCGCGACCUCCUCCUCCAGAGAGGGACCCGCGCGAGGGACAGUCGUGGACAUGCACCGAGUGUACAUUCCGCAAUUACUGGGAGUUGGAGUACUGUGAGCAGUGUGAGAUGCCUCGGCUGAUGCUAGGAGGUGAAACUCAGGAUAUUCACAUCCAUGUCACUCAUCACAACUUUCCAAUAAGAAUUGAAUUGAAAAGACAGUUCCUACUUUCUGGGUUUGCCCAACUCCCUUCCCAGAUGCCAUUAUUGGCACUUAAGGGACCAACCUGA